CUAGUCUAUCCCUCUCAAUUCUGUGUAUCCAUUUGGAUAAUAAACUGGUAAGAAGGGAAGGGAGGAUUUGAGGUUGAAAAGCUGUGCAUUUUGUGUAAACAAAAAAGCAAGUUAUCAGAGGUACGUAGCAGAAUUCAAGACAUUGAUUGAUUGUGUUGCUAGAAAGAUGCAGUGGAUUUAAUAAGUGGGCUGCAAAACAAGAAAUGGCUGGGAUUUUGACACUCAAGUUAUCCCCCUUUGUUACUCGCAAAAUCUCAAUACUCAACUAUGAAGAUAAGCCGAAAUUGGGGUGUAAUGCUGUUCUGUCAUCUCAAUCUGCUCGGUUGAGUCGUCAACGUUUCCUAGUCUUAAGUGCUUCAAUUUUUACCAUUCUGAACGUAAGUUGCAUCUCGACGCCUUCACCAGUAAGAGCCGAAGAUGAAGAGGAAAAUGAUGGAGUUGGUGGGGCUAUCAAAUCUUUUUUUGAUCCUAAUGAGAAAACAAAAUCUGGAAAACUGCUGCCAAAGGCUUACUUAAAAUCAGCAAGAGAGGUUAUAAAGACGCUACGCGAGUCAUUGGAAGAAGACCCUAAAAAUGGUUCUAAAUUUAGACGAACUGCUGAUGCAGCAAAGGAGUCCAUUAGAGACUAUCUGGGCAAUUGGAGAGGACAAGAACAGGUGACUCGUGAGGAAUCAUAUAUUGAGAUCGAAAAGGCGAUUAGAUCCUUGGCAAGCUUUUACUCAAAGGCAGGCCCAUCGGCAGCUCUCCGUGAAGAUGUUAAGUCCGAGAUAUUGAAUAUUUUAAAUGCCGCCGAGGAAUUUUUGUAGCAGACAAGUAACUUUAGCAAGAUGCAUAUUCAUUAAAUUAGAAAAAAGAUACAUUGUUGAUAGUACAGCAUUAUUUUGAACUCAUCAUGUUCACAAAAUACAAUAUAGUUGUGAUGACAA